AUGGCGGCGGAGGCUCAGACUAUCCCGGUGAAAGUCGGGGUUGUUCUGGACAUGGAUGAUUAUGCAGAGAUGACGUUGAUCUGCAUGUCUAUGGCGCUCUCGGAUUUCUACGCUAAUCACGGUCACUACAGAACAAGGCUUCAUCUUAUGAACCGAGAUUCAGAGGGAGAUGUUGUUGGAGCAGCUGCAGCAGCCCUGGACCUGAUCAAGAAUGUUGAGGUGCAAGCAAUUGUGGGCCCCAUGUACUCUGAGCAGGCGAGCUUUCUCAUCUCGCUCGGACAAAAAUCCCAUGUACCCGUGAUCACAUUCGCGGCCACGAGCCCCUCCCUUUCCUCGCUCCGCAGCCCCUACUUUGUGAGAGCGACCAUAGACGACUCGUCCCAGGUCGAUGCCAUUGCGGCCCUCAUCGAGGCCUUUGGAUGGCACGAAGUGGUACCUGUAUAUGUCAACAAUGAGUUUGGGGAGGGCAUCAUGCCCUUCCUCACCGAUGCCUUCGAAAAAGUAAAUGCACGAGUCCCAUACAGAAGCGUCAUCCCCCCACAGGCGACCGACGACCAGAUCUCAGCCGAACUCUACAAGCUGAUGACUAUGCAAACGAGGGUGUUUGUGGUCCACAUGCUGAGCCCACUCGCCUCCCGCCUCUUCACCAAGGCCAAGGAGCUCGGAAUGAUGAGCCGUGAGUACGCGUGGAUAGUCACCGAUGGGGUCACCAACGAGCUGGGCUCGAUGAACCGCUCAGUUAUCGAGUCCAUGACGGGAGUGAUUGGGGUGAAGCCUUACGUCCCGAGGACGAGCGAACUCGACGACUUCACGCUCCAUUUCAGACAACAGGCCCGUGAGGCGCUUGUUCCCGAUUUCGACAUCUUCGGGCUGUGGGCCUACGAUUCGGCCAUCUUGCUGGCCAUGGCCGCAGAGGAAGCAAUCAUGUCCACCACGGUGGGCCCUCCCACUUUUAACACAAAGGCAAACGCGUCCACGGAUCUCGAAGAUUUGGGCCUGUCGGGCAGCGGGCCGGGCCUCGUUGAGGCGAUGUCGGGCAUUUCGUUCAAGGGGCUCUCUGGGGACUUCAGGCUGAUCGACAGGCAACUCCAAUCGCCGCCGUAUGAGAUCAUCAACAUGGUGGGGCCAGGGAGUCGGGUGGUUGGGUACUGGACGAGGGAGAAUGGGAUUGUUAGAGAACUGAACCUCACUGGAAGCAGGAUAAAUACGUACUCGGCCUCAAGAUCGAACCUAGGGUCUAUUAUAUGGCCGGGGGACCCGCCUUCGCCACCAAAGGGAUGGGUUAUUCCCACCAACGGGAGGAGGUUGAGGGUGGGAGUGCCUGUGAAGGACGGUUUUACCGAGUUCGUGCAUGUUGCUUGGAAUUCGGAUAACACGACGACUAUAGAGGGUUACUGCAUAGAUGUCUUUGAUGAGGUCAUGGGUGUACUACCAUACGGUGUGCCGUAUGAUUACAUUCCAUUUGCCAAGCCUGAUCAUGAGAUGGCUGGGGAUUACAAUGAACUAACCUAUCAAGUAUACCUUGGAAAUUUUGACGCUAUAGCUGGAGAUGUUACGAUUGUUGGGAACAGGUCAAAGUACAUAGACUUCACUUUGCCAUACACCGAAUCCGGCAUUUCAAUGAUUGUGCCGAUCCAGGAUGAUAAACGCAAGAAUACGUGGUUAUUCGUGAAGCCAUUGACUUGGGAGCUAUGGCUGACCACCUUUUGCUCAUUUGUUUUCAUUGGGUUUUUGAUUUGGAUACUCGAGCACCGGAUAAAUGAAGAUUUCAGGGGACCAUUCUGGUAUCAAGUGGGCAUGAUAUUCUGGUUCGCCUUCUCGACCAUGGUCUUUGCUCACAAGGAAAGGGUGGUAAGCAACUUGGCAAGGUUUGUGCUGAUCAUAUGGUUCCUAGUCGUUCUCAUAAUAACGCAAAGCUACACUGCCAGUCUGGCGUCCAUGCUAACCGUUCAGAAGCUGCAGCCAAAGGUAAAAGACAUUAGCGAACUCAUCAAGACCAAGGAAAACGUGGGGUACAGUAAAGGAUCAUUCAUCUUGGCCUUUCUAAGAGACAGGUUUGAUGAGUCGCGCAUCAAGGAGUACAGCUCAAUGGAGCAACUUGACGAACUUCUUUCCAAAGGAAGUAAAAAUGGCAGCGUGGGUGCCGCUUUUCAUGAGAUCCCUUACAUAAAGCUGUUUCUAGGCAAAUAUGGCUCAAAAUACACCACAGCUGGGCCUACGUUUAAUGCCAACGGUUUCGGUUUCGUAUUCCCGAUAGGUUCCCCUUUAGUGCCCGAUGUCUCAAGAGCGAUUUUGAACGUGACAGAGAGCCAGAGGAUGGUGGAGAUCGAGAAGAAAUGGUUGGGAGACAACAAGAUCACAUGCCCGGAAUCCGACUUAUACCCGUUCAAGAGCUUGGGGUUGGCCAGCUUUUGGGGACUUUUCUUGAUCGUUGGCAUAGUCGGGAUUCUGGCUCUCAUAUUCUAUGUUGUGAAAUUCUUGCGCGAAAACUGGAGCAUUAUCGAGCAGCAGGAUUCAGAAUCCACCAUAUGGACCAAGAUUGCCGAGCUAUCGAGGAAGUUUGACAAUAAGGAUUUGAGCUCUCAUACUUUUAAGAAAAUCAGUCACGGGGGCAUUUGUGGUUAUAAUUCCUGCAUGCACUCGCCCCAGACGAAUUAUUCUCCCCAUGGUAGUUGGCCGAGCCCCUCGAGCCCAUUCUUGCGGGACGUGAAUUUUCAGGAUGAACGGAUGAGGUUUGAAGAGAAUGUGAUUACUAUGGGACAAGGAGGGGAGCCGUCCCACCCGAUAAAACGGGAGACUGAGCUUGGGAAUCUUAAUUUGCAUGAGCAAAUGGCGACACACGGGAUUGUCCGAGGUUGA